UUCAUUAUUUGUAUAUGUGCUGCAGAUGUCGUUCUUGGGCAGGCUCGUUAUUCGAUCCCAGAAGAAAUGAUAAAAGGAUCUUUUGUUGGUAAUAUUGCACAAGAUUUGGGGAUUGAUCUUAAAAGACUGACGUUGGGCAAAGCCCGUAUCUUUACUGGCGAUAGCAGUGAUUAUAUUGAGCUAGCUGUGGACAAAGGAAUAUUAAUUGUUAAAGAAAGAAUAGACAGGGAACAUAUAUGUGGACUGAUCUCUCCAUGCAGUGUGAGUUUUCAAAUUGUUCUCGAAAAUCCAAUGGAGUUGUAUCGUGUUACUGUUGAAAUUUUGGACAUUAACGAUAAUGCACCAACAUUUAUCAAGAAUGAAAUUAGUUUAGAAAUAAGCGAGUUAGCUAUACCAGGAGCGCGUUUCUUACUAGAGAGCGCUGUGGAUCCUGAUGUGGGCAUAAACUCUCUAAAAAGCUAUUCACUUAUGCCGAGUGAUCAUUUUCUUUUAAAGCAGCAUUCCAGUUCUGAUGGCAGUAAAUAUGUAGAGAUGAUGCUGCAAACGCCUCUGGAUCGAGAAGAACAAGAACAUCAGUAUUUAACAUUAACUGCUGUUGACGGUGGGAACCCACAGAGGUCGGGCACAGUUAAAAUACACAUUACUGUACUGGAUGCCAAUGACAAUGCUCCUGUUUUUAGUCAGGCAGUUUAUAAAGUUUCUGUGCUUGAAAAUGCUUUGAAAGAGACAGUAGUGAUGACAGUGAACGCAACUGAUGCAGAUAAGAUAUCAAAUGGGGGUGUAACUUACUCGUUUACGCACGUAACAGGCACCGUUUCUGAAUUGUUUGCGCUAGAACCAAGUACUGGUGAAUUAAAAGUGGUAGGGCAACUAGAUUUUGAAAAAGCAAAACAUCAUGAGAUUAAUAUACAGGCAAAAGACCAUGGUGGCCUUACAGAUUCUAGUAAAGUAAUAAUUGAAAUUGUUGAUGUCAAUGAUAAUGUUCCAGUUAUAACAAUAAUGUCAUUCUCGAGUACAAUACCUGAAGACUCGUUACCCGGAACGGUAAUAGCUAUGAUUAAUGUCCAAGACCUGGACUCUGGAAAAAACGGCGAGGUUCGUUGUUUAAUUGAUCAACAUCUUCCUUUUAAAAUUAAAUCUUUUUCAACGUACUUUUAUAGCUUGGUGACAGAAAGAGUUUUAGACAGAGAACAAGUAUCAGAAUAUAACAUUACUAUUACUGCCAUAGACGAAGGAGUGCCGGCUCUCAAAAGUAAUCUGACAAUUAUGCUGAAGAUUUCUGAUGUUAAUGAUAAUGCUCCAGAAUUUGAUCAGGAAUUAUCUACCGCUUAUGUGAUGGAAAACAACUCCCCAGGAUUAUCUAUACUUUCUAUACAAGCCCAAGACCCAGAUACAAACCAGAACGCUCGUAUUACUUACUUACUGGAACCAACACAAAUAAACGGAGUAUUUGUAUCUUCAUACGUUUCCAUUAACUCAGACAGUGGCAUACUUUACGCAGUGCGCUCAUUUGAUUAUGAGAAAAUCAGAGAGUUCCAAAUCCACGUUAAAGCUCAAGAUGGAGGUUCACCACCACUUAGUAGCAACGUGACUGUAAACAUCUUUGUGCAAGACCAGAACGACAAUGCGCCUCAGAUUCUCUAUCCAGUACAAACUGAAGGCUCUCUGGUGGCUGAAAUGGUGCCUCGUUCAGCUGAUGUUGGCUAUCUCGUCACUAAAGUGGUAGCUGUUGAUGCCGACUCUGGACAGAAUGCGUGGCUCUCAUACAAACUGCACAAAGCUACAGACAGGACACUUUUUGAAGUGGGUCUGCAAAAUGGGGAGAUAAGGACGUUGCGCCAGGUUGUUGACAAAGAUGCUGUGAAACAAAGACUUGUUAUUUUAGUGGAAGACAAUGGUCAGCCCUCUCGUUCAGCUACAGUGAAUGUGAACGUGGCGGUUGCAGACAGCUUCCCUGAAGUACUUUCAGAAUUUAGUGAUGUCACACAAGAUAAGGAUUACAAUGAAAAUUUGACAUUUUAUUUGGUCUUAUCAUUGACUGUAGUGUCAUUUCUUUUUAUUGUCUCCAUCAUAGUUCUGACGUCAGUAAAGCUCUGUAAAUGGAGACACUCUAGACUAUUUCAUGAAUCAAACAGAAACCUCCCUGUUAUUCCAUAUUACCCACCCCAGUAUGCAGAUGUUGGGGGGACAGGAACACUUCGACAUGUGUACAAUUACGAAGUGUGUUUAACUACUGAUUCCGGAAAGAGCGAAUUCAAGUAUAUCAGACCGUGCAGUCAAAGUCUUCUAAGUGUUGACCACAGUGCUACAGAGUCCAUGCUGCACGCGCAGAAGGAGAAGAACCUAAUUGAUGUCACAGAUCCUUCAAUACAGGUGAGCCUUUGCUUAUAA